UGGUCACGCCGGAGAUCACAGAACGUCAGGAUCAGCACGACUUCAGAUCAGCCAGUUGCUCGGGAGUGUGUUCCGAGCUCACAGACACACUGUUGCCUGCCUCAUUCUCCUGUCCCUGUAGUUGGGAGCCUUCCUCGAUUUUCAGCGGCAGACAUGAAGACAUCUUAACUACAUAUUCGGUCGAGCGGAAACUCAAGAGAAUGGACGCCACUCCGCGCUUCAGCCGGUUAAAAAAUAAAAUCCCAGCGCACUAGGCAUUGAGUUGGAUAGUGUGCACGGAUUACUGCACACUGUUUAGCAACUUGGCAAUCAAGUCGCGCGGGGGGGAAAUCCGGCUGAGUCCCGCGGAGAGAAAGUGUAAACAAGUGUUAUAAAGCGAGCAGCAGAUGUUCUUCAUGGGUAUACAACCGGGCUUGGAAUGAAAGUGCAGACGAGGCGACGGCGGCCCUUCCAGCGGUUCUGCUGCUGCGGAGUGGGGCUGCUCGCGGUCUUCUGGAUCACGCAAGUCAUCCACGCACCAGAACCCUCUGAUGGCGAUGCGGCCACCAGCAUCCCGCCUCAGGGCUCGGCACGUCACCUGCUGCAGGAGAGGGCAGCCAAUCAGACGCCAGAUCACCCAAGAGCAGCCAUCCACGAGUUUCCAGAGGACGUCUUCACCAAGGAGCAGAGGAACAGAGGAGCUGUGCUUCUCCACGUGCUCUGUGCCAUCUACAUGUUCUACGCUCUGGCCAUUGUCUGUGACGACUACUUUGUCCCUUCCCUAGAGAAGAUAUCUGAGAACCUCCAGCUCAGCGAGGAUGUGGCCGGGGCUACCUUCAUGGCCGCCGGAAGCUCCGCCCCCGAGCUGUUCACCUCUCUCAUUGCUGUGUUCAUCACCAGGGGCGACGUGGGCGUGGGCACCAUCGUGGGCUCGGCUGUCUUCAACAUCCUGGUCAUCAUCGGCCUCUGUGGCAUCUUCGCAGGACAGACCGUGGUCCUGACUUGGUGGUCGCUCUUCAGAGACUCCUCCUAUUACAUUCUCUCAGUUCUGGCUCUCAUCCUGGUGAUCUAUGACGCGCAGGUUGUCUGGUGGGAGUCUCUGCUGCUCAUGUCCAUGUAUGGAGUCUACAUUAUCAUCAUGAAGUUCAACUCCCAGAUCCUGGGCUUCGUGACGAGGAGGUUCCGGGGCCCGGGGCAGUGCUGUGGGGCGGAGGAGCCCGGCGAGGAGAAGAUGACGGAGGAGCCGCCAGCCUCCUGCAACACCACCAUGGUGCUGCUCAGCAAAGAUCAGGGGGAGGAGCCGGCUCCCGUCAUGAUGGUGGACGAGCUGCUCAUCCUGAACCCCCACCAGCUGUCGUUCUCCGAGGCCGGCCUCCGAGUCAUGAUCACCCCCCACUUCUCCCCCCGCACCCGCCUCUCCAUGGCGGGACGCAUGCUGAUCAGCGAGCGCCAGCGGCUGAUCAGCAGCCCCAAGACCCAGCUGGACGGGGACGGGGUCCCCAGGUCCCGGCUGGGGUCCGCCGGCCAGGCCCUGAAGGCCGCGGGGGGACCCUGUGGUGUGGAGAACGGCGGCGGAGGAGGAGGAGGAGGAGGAGGAGGAGGAGGAGCGGGAAACGGGGGGCUGGGGAAGGCAGGGAGCGACGGAGCCACCGUGGACGGAGGAGAGAAGACGGGAGCGGAGGCCUGUCCCCCAGGGAGGGAGGAGGACGCUGACGACGGGACCUUCCGUCCUCUGAGGAUACCACGGGGUUGCGGUGCGCGGGUCAAGUGGCUCCUCUCGUGGCCCCUGGGGCUCCUGCUCUACUGCACCGUCCCCAACUGUGUGAGGCCCCGCUGGCACCGCUGGUUCAUGGUGACCUUCGUGGCCUCAACCCUGUGGAUCGCCAUCUUCUCCUACCUCAUGGUCUGGAUGGUCACCGUCAUCAGCUACACGCUGGGCAUACCCGACUACAUCAUGGGGAUCACUUUCCUGGCCGCAGGCACCAGUGUGCCGGACUGUAUGGCGAGUCUCAUCGUAGCUCGGCAAGGCAUGGGGGACAUGGCCGUGUCCAACUCCAUCGGCAGUAACAUCUUUGACAUCCUGCUGGGUCUGGGGUUCCCGUGGGCUCUCAGGACUCUCAUCGUGGACAGAGGAAUAGCGAUCCCCAUCAACAACAAAGGACUGGUGUACUCAGUCGUCCUGUUGCUGGCUUCUGUAUUCCUCACGGUGGCGAGUGUCCAUCUGAACCACUGGCGGCUGGACCGGAGGCUGGGGCUGGGCCUGCUGUUUCUCUACUCCAUCUUCCUGCUCUGCUCCAUCCUGUUUGGCCAGAUGUGAGGUCUUCAGGUCAUAGGUCACUCCCCCAGCGCCCGCUCCUAUUGGGUUUUCCUGUGAAUACCGUUGAAGCACUCCCGUCUACCAAAAGAGAUGAUCUAGAAAGUUAUAUUUUAAAAGCUGUUAGAUUAAGUCAGAGAUAUUGUACGGUUGCGACCACCCAAAACAUACCGGGUGCGCAUGUGGUUUUAAAUCGUACAGUGCAGUGGUUAGAAAAUAUAUACGCAUUUAACUAAAUGAGUGACAGUAAAUACAUAGGGUGGCUAAUUCCAAACAGAACUCCUCUCUUCCCACUGCUCUAUUUAUCGGUUCUUUCCCCCGGCAGCUAGCAUAGCGUAGCUCAAAGUCUUUUAAGAGAAAUAUUCUCCAGUUGUGUUUACGGUUUUCGUGUCUGCCUCAACCCGCUUGUUUUAUGUAGUAGUUUGUGGUGCUUUUUUAUCUACGUUAAGGAGUUGUCUGCAUAACUACGAUUAAACCCAAAUUCCUGGAGUCACAUGAUCUCCUAGAAAUUGCCAAGCCACCAUGGUACGAGUUUAAACGCAGAUGUAAGAUUCCGCAGUCGCCUUCAUAGUCCUGCUGCCUUACAAAGGCCCAACAUUGGGCCACCGUUAUCCCAUUGAUCGAUACCCCGUGAUCAAUACACCUUUGCCGGGGGGAGUUUCAGAAUAUGCCGCCGUCAGAAGUAGCAGUGAAAUCUUAUGUGGAAUGUAAACCCUAAAAAAUCAUGAACCCCUUGUGUUUGUGGAUAUAUUAAAAUGCAUAUACACUUAACAGACAAUAUUGCGGUCCGAUCUGAUAGUCCUUACAAUAGUCCUCCUGCUCUUAGCCUACAAGCGUAACUUAAUGCACAUCACUGUUCCGAUAUUUUCAUAUGUGAUGAACUAUACGUCAAGCAAGUAUUGUUAAAAUGUGAUCUAUAUAUGAAAGGUCAAUUGUAGUUUUGACACUGCUUCAAGUGUGUGUGUGUGUGUGUGUACUAGCGUCACAUACUCUCUGAUGGACCGCAGUAGUAGGCCCUUCACUGCAUUUAGGUACUACCAAAAUUGUAAUGUUUGUAUGGAUUCCUCUUGUAUAUUUAUAUUUGAACUUGUUGGAUAUUUUUACGUUUUACGAACAUGUGCACCCAAACAAGCCCAGGACGUUUCCUGAAUGUGUUGAGUUGAUUCACGCGACGCAUCGCUGUGGUGUGGGUUUAGCGACGGCAACCGGAGCUGAAGUGUGACUGAGUGAGUUCAUGAGUUCCUACAAAGCUGUGUGCACCAAAAACAGACGUAGCUCUGUCAGAGUCCUAGAACGGUAGGGGUUUAGCAAGUUCCUGUAUAACUACUGUUGUCUGCAAGGCAAUACUUUUUACCGUUUUGUAAAUGUUCAAUAUUUUCCAUAGUUUUACAAGAGUGAAAGUCCAGACAAUAGUUUUGUGCCGUUGUAAUAUUUAUACUGUCAUGUUAUACGAUUAUGAUGAAAAAGAAAACCUUACGUUGAUUUUAAUGUGACAGAAAGAAUACAUAUUUUUGGUCACUUUGUCGGUUAGAUACCACUUAAUGAGUCAGGAGUGUUUCUGCAUUUCUACUUUUUUAAUUUAAAUACCACUCAUUUUAUGAUUAAAUGUAUUCUCUCACCCUGCAAAAUAAAUUCCUUAAUGUAGGAAGAUCAUGGGGUAUAAAAGGAUAAGCACAUUAGAAAUCAAGUUUCAGCAGAUGUCAUUUUCUAGGCAAUAUCAAUAUUUCAUCAAGGUUGAUGGACAUACCCUUACAUGUACAUCUGGAGCAUACAAUCAAAUGCUCAUAAUAACCCCCAUCCCAGGGCUUGCUUUAAUAUUUGUUUCACAAUUAUGAUAGUGAACAAAAACGUAAUAUGCUUGUAAAAUGAUUGGUCCGACAUUUAAUUUUAAGUUUUCCGUAUAAUUAAAAGUGUCGGCCCCUAUCCGUUUUAGAAUGCAUUUUUAUGUACUUUGUUUUGUCUUUCUUCUUUUGCCACUUCAAUCCAAUCCCAAGAGAGUUGAUACUUUCAAUACAGGUGCAGGCUGUUGGAGACUGUUAAUGUUUUGUGUUGAUUAUACCUUGUAGUAGCCUCUGGAUUUAAAUGUUCUUAUGGUAGCAGUUCGGCCGUCCGUCCGAUGUCGUUAAUCACAGGCGGGAGACGCGCCGAGGUGGAAAUCAAGCACACCCAAAAGUAUUUACUUCCUUCUCAAUGUUUUGUUCUGUUGUGACGUUUGAGUUGAUCUGUUACUUGCGUCAUAGACGUCUUUCAAAUCAGAGAAAUUUAAUGUAUUUUGAGUGCAAUAAAAACCUGUGCAAUAAUGAA